UCUCUCUCUCUCUCUCUGUUCAUUUCUGAUUUGCUUUGUCUAAAACAAAUUUGUGCCAUCUUGUUGUUGUGUACUAGUGCCACCAGCUAAUCAAUCACUUUCAAACAAUCCCAUCAGCUUCAACCUCGGUUUUGUCUUCUUCAACCUCGCUCCUUCAUUCUCUCUAUACUACCAUUCGGUGGCUUUUCAAAGCAAAACUAGAACAAAAGGCUGAGAGCCCAAAAAUGUCCAGGUAAUAUAACAACGUUUCUUAAGCAUUCUACAAAGCUAAACAGGGCAAAGUGUCUCCUACCCUCUGCCCAAAAUAUCAUCUUUUGUCCUUGAUCAUUGAAAAAAGAGGAGUCUUUUUUUCUUUUUGUUUUUCUUUUCUUUUCAAGAGUCAAAUCGAAGUUCAUGGCAGAAUGGUCGUUUUUGACAAAUGGGUCUGUGUUAGAUUUGGCUGAUGUUAUUGAUGCUAAUCCAAUUAAUGGGGAUAGUCUUGAUAGUGUUAUUGAAUCUGUAAAAGAUGAUGAUGAAGGUGAUCAUAAGUGUACUGAUAUUGAUACUGUACAAGAUGGUGUAGAAUGUGUUAGUGAUGAUUAUAAGGGUAGGUUAAGAUGUACAUUUGAUCAGGUUAUGUCUGCUUUUCUUAAGGAAAUUGGGGGUAGAGGUAUUGUUAGGCCUGUGCCUGCAGUUUUUGGAGAUAGGCAAAAUGUGGAUUUGUUCAAAUUGUUCUGUGUUGUUAGAGAUAAAGGAGGGUAUGAUUUGGUUUCGAAGAAGAGGCUGUGGUCUUUUGUGUCCAAAGAAUUGAGCCUGGAUAGUGGAGCAACCGCGGCUUGUGUAAAAUUGAUCUACUUUAAGUAUUUGAAUGAGUUGGAAAUAUGGUUUAGGGAGAGUUGUAUGAGUAGGGGCUUGGGGAAUAGGAAGUCUGGGAAGUAUGGGACUUUUCAUUUGUUGUCUUUGGAGCUGGAGACAGAGUUUAGAGGUAUGUUGUUGGAUGGGACAGAGCAGAAGGACAAUGGUGAUGACCUGCUUCUUUUGGAGCCUAGCCAAAAUGGGAAAAGUGAAUGUAGUUUCUCAGAUACCAAAGAGGCAUGUGCAAUGCACUCGGGUACUGGAACUUGCAAUGGUGGCAAAGACGAAAAUGUUUGUAAUGAUCAUCAAUAUGGUACUUUAACUGUACCCUCUAGUGUCAAUAGUAAAGAAAAUGAUCGUAAAAGAAAGCGACGAGAAUCCUUAUCAGGAAUGCUGAAUUGGGUUAUCCAGACAGCAAGACAAGUUGGUGAUAUUUCAAAUAGAGAGAUACCAGAGUCAGCUAAGUGGCGGACGCAUCAGGGCAAUGAGUUCUGGUUCCAUGCAAUUAAAGCAAGGGAUGCAUUGAUGCUAAGAAGAGAUAUUAAUCCAAAGACUGAAGAGUUACUCCAGCAGAAGAAAUUAAGGAUGCAUCCAUUUAUGUAUGAAGAUUAUAUUCGUGCUGGUCACCAUUCCUCAGAGAGGUUAAGAUGCCGAGGAAGGCUUCCGCAUUCUACUAAAUCUCGCUCGUGCACAUGUUGCAAUUCAUCCCCACCAACUCAGAGUAAUUUGUCAAGUCCUCCUGUCGUGUUGCAUAAUGGUUCAAAGGGGCAAGAACCUAUGGAAGUUGAUUCAGCCUCCCCUCAUCCUGUGGUUGUCCCAUCUGACGAGGAUGAAUCCCGUGAAAAGUAUGUUUCUGUAGGCUCUCUCUUUCAAGCUGAUGUUCCUGAAUGGACUGGUGUGGCGUCAGAAAGUGAUAGUAAAUGGCUAGGCACAAGGGUAUGGCCCUUGCAGUCUGAAGAAAACACUUCCUUUGUUGAGACGGAUAUAAUUGGCCAGGGAAGACCAGAUUUUUGUGGCUGUAGGCUUUCAGGUUCUGUUACAUGUCUCAGAUUUCACAUUGCUGAGGCUAGGAUAAAAUUGCGGAAAGAACUUAGUUCCUUGUUCUAUCAUUGGAGGUUUGAUCGUAUGGAUGAGGAAAUUUCUCUUCAGUGGACAGCUGAAGAGGAAAAGAGGUUCAAGACCUUGGUUCAGUCAAAGUAUCCUUUGUUUUGGAAUAGUGCAUCCAAGUGGUUUCCUAGAAAAACUAGGGAAAACUUGGUGAGCUAUUACUUCAAUGUGUUUCUUGUUCAGCGAAGAAGUUAUCAGAACCGUGCAACUCCAAAAAAUAUAGAUAGCGAUGAUGACGAAACAGAUUUCGGAUCUUUAAGUGAGGGUUUUGGGCAUGAGGCAGUCAAAGUUCCAGGCUCCAGUGUUAUUGCUUGUUCCCAGAAUAAGCAGUGUGUUGAUUUGGAUUAGAUAAAAUGCUGAGUUAGAAAAUCGGACUUGUGGUUUACACCACUGCAUGUUUUACACAACCUCGGAAAGGUGGUGCAACCGUAUCGGAAACAGACCUGGUGGGAUCUUGAUGUGGCCAGAAGACUAGACAAG